AUGUCCAACCUCAACGGGCAUGGAGGAGGCGAGGUGCAGGGAAACGACGACGAGACUGCCUCGGACAGCAUAUACCACGAGGACAGUGAGCCGAGCGUCAUCGAGGAGACGAUUGCCCAGCAGCGGGUGCGACGUCGACUGCUUGCGACAGGGUGCUGCUACGAUGACCGGAUGAAGCUUCACAUGAACGCCGACUUCAGCCCGAAUACCCAUCACCCCGAGGACCCCCGACGCAUCCACGAAAUCUUCAAGGCCUUCAAGAAGAUGGGCCUCGUCUACACGGGCCCGGAGUCUGAGCUCCCGGCAAUCAUGAAGAACUGCCCGACCAAGUACAUGUGGAGGAUCCCCGCGCGGUCUGCGACGCGGGAAGAAAUCUGCCUCGCCCACUCCCCGGAGCACCUGGCUUGGGUGGAAAGCCUCGGCUCCAUCAGCACGGCCGAGCUCCGUGAGCUGACCAAGAAGUUUGACCAGGGCCGCGAGUCUCUCUACGUCGGCAGCAUGUCGUACCCGGCCGCCCUCUUGUCCGUCGGUGGCGCCAUCGAGACCUGCAAGAGCGUGGUUACCGGCCAGGUCAAGAACGCCUUUGCCGUGAUCCGGCCUCCAGGGCACCAUGCCGAAUUCGACCAGCCCAUGGGCUUUUGCUUCUUCAACAACGUUCCUGUGGCCGUCAAGGUGUGCCAGCAAGACUAUCCGGACGAGUGCCGCAAAGUGCUCAUCUUGGACUGGGACGUGCACCACGGCAACGGCACCCAGAACAUCUUUUACCAGGACCCAAACGUCCUCUACAUAUCCAUCCACGUCUAUCAGAACGGCGUCUUCUACCCAGGCAAGCCGCCGAAUCCCAUGACCCCCGACGGCGGCAUAGAGCACUGCGGCACGGGCCCGGGGUUGGGCAAGAACAUCAACAUCGGAUGGCACGACCAAGGCAUGGGCGACGGCGAAUACAUGGCGGCAUUGCAAAAGAUUGUGAUGCCCAUUGCCAACGAGUUCAACCCGGAUCUGGUCGUCAUCUCUGCCGGGUUUGAUGCCGCGGACGGAGAUGAGCUGGGCGGCUGCUUCGUGACGCCCGCCUGCUAUGCGCACAUGACGCACAUGCUCAUGUCCCUCGCCGACGGCAAGGUCGCCGUCUGCCUGGAAGGCGGCUACAACCUGCAGGCGAUUUCGAACUCGGCCGUCGCCGUCGCGAGAACGCUGAUGGGCGAGCCUCCGCCAAAGCUUGUUCUGCCCGGGAUCAACAAGGACGCGGCGAGAACACUAGCCAAGGUGCAGGCGUAUCACGCCCCUUACUGGGAGUGCAUGCGGCCGGGCAUCGUCGAUGUACCCGAUGUUCAGGCCCUCAAUGCCGACAGGCUGCACGACGUCAUCAGGAACGCGCAGCGCCAGGUCACGCAGUCGAAGCACGGCAUGAUUCCGCUCUAUAUACAGCGAGAAACGAUAUCCAAGUCGUUUGAGAACCAGGUGCUCGUCACGCCGAAUCUGCACGAGGCAAAGAGGAUUCUUGUCAUCCUACACGAUCCGCCUCAGCUGUUGGCGCAAGUUGACGCGGUGGACAGCACCGUCGAUACUCACAACGCAUGGGUUGUUGACGGCGUAACGGAAUACAUCGAUUGGGCCGUCAGCCAGGGCUUUGGCAUCAUGGACAUCAACGUCCCACAUUACGUUACCCGUGAAGAGGCAUGUUCCUGCGCCGACGUCGAAGCAUACAUUCCCCGAUUCAACGAACAGGAGAUCCAGGAGCAAAUCCUUUCGCUGGUCUGCUACCUCUGGGACAACUUUCUCCAGCUCUACGACACCAACGAGAUCUUCUUGAUUGGUGCGGGCAAUGCAUACCUCGGGGUAAAGGUGCUCUUGAUCAACAGAGAUUGCAAAGAAAAGAUUGCGGGCAUCGUCAACUUUGUGACCGAAAACCUGCGGCCCGUCAAGUCCGACGUCGACCACGACCUCUCGUCGUGGUACAAGGACAACUCGCGCGUCUACGUGGCGGCCGACCACGCCUGCUGGGCCGACGCCGAGCUGACCAAGAAGGUCAAGAAGAGGCGCUUCGGGACGGUGGUGAGGAGCAGCGUGGUCGGGCUGAACCAGAUGAUGCACGAGCACGCCGCGGAGGCGCGCGAAUGGAUCAUGAAGAGGGUCUCGAGUCAUCCUGAUGGGGACACGACUGAAGAAGAUAAUCCUUGA